AUGGAUUCUUUGCCUCACAACAUCAUCAUCGUCGGGGCAGGCAUCGCAGGUAUCGCCUGUGCUCUUGCCUUGUCCCGGGAACUGGCUCCCUUUGUACCGGACCUGACUAUUACCAUCUACGAAAGACAUGACAUUUUGUCCACUUCCGGCGGUGCAAUCAAUUUGACCCCCGUUGCUCAGCGUCAUCUGGCUCAGCUGGGCGUAUUGGAAGAGCUGGACCGCAUGGGGCCUGAAGGUGGGGCUGAGGUGGAUGCCAUUGAGCUCUACUCCAUGCGUUCCGGGCGCUCGAUUGGUUCCAUCGAUUUUGUCGAUCAUAACGGUAAUGGGUUUGGAGGAUAUAAAGGACGCAGAGUCAUGCGCAUCAUGCUUUCCAUUGCCAUGAUAACAGUGGUGGAGAGAACUCGAAACAUUGACAUUGUCUUUGGAAAAAAGGUGGUGGGCGGAGAGGAGCAUGAAGGAAAAGCCGUGGUCCAUUUUGAAGAUGGAUCAGAAGCCCUUGGAGAUCUAGUCAUUGGAUGCGACGGUGUCCAUUCCGCAAUUCGAUCACGUUGGGUCGACCCUGACAGUCCUUCACAAUAUACAGGCAUCUCAUUCUUACAGACCACCAUCCCCUCACAAACAUUGUCCUCCCCGGCUCAUUUCCGUUCAUCAGCAAUGAACCUUUCACGCCACGGGUCAAUCCUGACCAGUUAUUGCGAUCGCAAUCAGGAGCAGAUCUUUGCCGCUGCCAUUGUGCAGUUCAGUCAGGAAGACUUGAGCUACCAUAAGCUCGAGCAGGGUCAAGACUGGGCGACCCAAAAUCGAAUCCGCAGCGCUCUACGGCGACAAAUGCAAGAUCGCUUCUCAAAGUCCUCAAUACCAUGUAUUAGAGAAAUGGUAGCUAGCAAAGCAGACUGGAUGCUCUAUCCAGUUUACCAGGUUCGUCCCGGGGGACGAUGGUGCAUGAGUCGCGUCAUCCUUCUGGGUGAUGCAGCCCACGCGAUGCCUCCACGCGACGAGUCCGCUGCAUACGCGUUGGACGAUGCCAUCUUAUUUGCACGGCUACUGGCCCGUUAUCGUUCCGAGCCACUUUCUGAGGUCUUUGAUGCCUAUGAGAGUUUGCGUCGCGAGAAAAUCAACCAUGCAUUCAAGGAGUCGGGUCGCAUGUGGGAUCGACAUCGAGACAUGGGCAUGCUAGAGAACCGCCUCAAGGAAUGGAUGCUCCCGCGGUCUCUCCGCAGCCACCGAGAUGAACGUGAGGCCGCAUGGGAGUUUGAUGCAGCCCAAACUACUCUCCCAACCCCUGCUCCAAGUGACGAUUUGGUUAGCUUGCAUUCGUUUUUGAAAGAGCACACCGUAUAA